UAUUUCCUGGCCACCGUGGCCAACUUUUGUCAGAGGGUGGAGUUCAAUCAGUCGAACAUACAUCACUGCAGCAAAUAAAGAAUCGCUGUCAUCGGGUUCCUCUCAAAUCCCAUCAUGUCCACGACAUUCAGGUCUUGCUUUGUGCCCACCGGCUUCAUACUGGGGUACAUCGCUUAUUUGUUGCUGGGAGCGCUUGUUUUCUCUGCCAUCGAGCGGCCCGUCGAAGAGACCCUGAAAUCAGACCUGAGCUCGCUGAAAGCGGAGUUCCUCAACCUGAGCUGCGUCAACGCCACGGCUCUCGAAACUUUCUUGGAAAAAGUCUUGCAGGCGAAUAAAUACGGUGUGUCGGUCCUUGAAAAUGCCACACUCCCUACAAACUGGGAUUUGGCGUCUGCUCUGUUCUUUGCAAACACGAUGGUCACGACAGUGGGAUACGGCCACAGUACGCCGCUGUCGGAUGAGGGUAAAGCUUUCUCCAUCGUGUAUGCUUUGAUCGGAGUGCCCUUCACCAUGCUGGUGCUCACAGCCUGUGUCCAGCGCCUCAUGCACCCUCUGACCUACGGGCCGAUCUCCAUCUGCCAGCGGAGGGCAGGCCUGCAGCCACGCACCGCCAGCGUGGUGCACUUCAUCGUACUGCUGUUUCUGGUGGUGCUCGGCUUCUUUGUGGUGCCUGCGCUGGUGUUCAGCACCAUAGAAGAAACCUGGUCUUUCUUAGACUCCUUCUACUUUUGUUUCAUCUCACUCUGCACUAUAGGACUGGGGGACUUUGUUCCAGCAGAAAAGCCAGGACAGAGACUAAGAGCUUUGUACAAGAUAUCAGUCAUGGUCUACCUGUUUGUGGGAUUGAUGGUCAUGUUCCUGGUCCUUCGCACUUUCCACAAGCUUGCAGAUGUGCACGGCUGGACUGCUUUCUUCCAGCUGCCAAGCUACGAGGAGGAAGAUGAGGAUAGAGAGCCAAUAAUAGAACAAGAGCCUGACGAUGAAUCACCUGAGGCUGAGAAGGCCUCAGUUAAGCCUCUGGAUCCCAGCUCUCAAGUGUCCUACAACUCCAUCAAUAGAUAAAACACCAGAUCUCUCCACUUUCAGAUAAGGUCACUUAUUUUCACUUGUAAAUCGUCUGGACAUGUAACAUCAACACAUUGCAAUUUAGCACCCCAAAGGUCAAGACAAUCAAGUAUGAAUAUAUGCAAUACAAUACACCUCACAGUUGGACAGAACUGCUUCUGAUGCCUUGUAGGAACGAAGCAUCUGAGCAGAACAUUUUCAUGAACCAAAUCACAUCUUUUUUUUUCUGUUUGGAGUUGCCAAAUCUGAUCUUCAAGACUGUAGGGAUGUUGACAUUGCUUUAGGAAGUGGAAAGUCCCAAGUGUGAAUCUUUAGUUUUGUGUAGGGUUCAAAACUGAUGAUGGUUUUCAGAUUAUUAAAUGAUUAUUUCAUGGACCAAGAUCGCUCUGUAUCAUAGAAACAGGAAGAGAAUGCUGCUGCUUGACACCCGUUCAAUACAUUCAUUCAGUAAGUGUGACGUUAAUUGUUUUUUACAGCUAGUUAAUGGUGGUUCUUGAUGUCCGGUCAUGUGGAGAACUUCAGAUGCACUUUAUAAUUGGCUUUUUAUUUAGGUUUGUGCAAUCUCUUGACACAGUCUUUGUCUUUAUUGUAGUACUGUACAUUCUUUAUAUCACUGCAAUUGUAUAUUCAACGUUGGAUGGGAGGGAACAAAAAGGUCUCUGAUGUUCACUGUCAGAACAAAAUGUUUUAUGAAAUGCAUGCACAAAAAAAUAAAAUACAUUUUUUGGUA